CCAAAAAAAUGCUAUUCAGUCGUUGACAAAAAGGAAGGCAGGGACGUGCACGAUGAGGGCCGACAAGGUGCCCCACGAACUGUACUUGGACGAGGCGACCGGAAAGAAGUUUUAUUUAGGUUUUUUUGGACAAUUGAACUGGUGCGAGGCGCACCGCUUUUGCGCGAGCCAUGGCAUGCAGCUGAUGCCUAUAAAAGAUCCGAGGAUUUCCAACGCCGUUGUCAAAAUACUUUCCGGCUACGGUGGUCACGACUUUAAAAUUUGGGUGGACGUAUAUAAAACUCCAAAUUCGAAUGCGUGGGUUGUGAGCGAGGGUAAUAAUCAUAGAGCACUUUCAAAGCCGCAAAUUCAAGACGAUACUGGUUGGCUCACCUGGGCCGUGGUCGACCGAUGGCAUAUAACUGUGGAUAAAGACAGCUUUCCGAAACAGUUCUUCGAUUCUUCUCCGUUCUACAACGAAAUGUACCAAAGCAAUUGGACCGACAGCGGACCGGAAGCCGAGCGAUGGCCGAUCUCCAAGGUGAAGAGACCGAACGCCGAAGACUUCAGGCGCAAGAGCUUUUCGAGGAUUAUCUCGCAAAUCGCAACCGACGAGGAACCCUUUAAAGAAAUAUGGGACAAUUUCAACUUCUCAUCAGUAAUUGAUGACCCAAUUGUCUUACUGGACGAGCCAAUAGAUCGAAGGAUUGAAUCUGCAGACAGUGUUCGUGACGACAUCGUCUUCGAAAAUCUUGAAGGAGACGGUACGUCGAUUAGUAACGCGUACAACGAUAAAGAAGCGGUCCUGUCUCCUCCGAAGAUAGUCAUAAACAACGACGACGGUUUGAACUGCGCCUCUGUCGGACUCGUAAACCAAACAAUAAACGUGCUGGCAGAAAGCUGCAAUAGUCAUAAUUAUUUUAUCUGUGAAGUGCUUUAAAACCUUAGAAAUAGUUCAUAAAUGAAAACAUAUUGGAAAUCACCGA